GCUGAAACAUUUCCAUGCCGGCAAAUUUGUGUGUUGCGAGUAGUCGGCGUUUAGUUCAAAUGUAGAAUCUUUCUUGCGGAAUUUCACCUUAAAAUGCAAUGCACGGGUUUAUUAACGUUAAGAAAUAUGUAAUGUAGCUGCGCGUAAAUGUGCAGCCUAGAUAGGCCUCCGACUCUCCAAAAGCGCACCAGUAUCUAUUCCUUUCCAGUCUGCGAAUCGAAGUCAGCUGGCCGAGUCACCUUGCUCGCUUUUCCUCGGGGUGAGCAGCGCCUUGUAACCUCCCUUGAAUUUCUCAGGACCCAGAAUGGUAUUGUGACAAUCUCCAAUGGAGGCAACAAGUUCGCACGACUCAGCUUGUAAAUUGGCCAAUGGUGACGUGUCGGGGAGAACUGAAAGUGUGCCAAGGGACCAGGACUUGCAGCCAAAUGCCACCAAGGUGCUGCCUACGGCGGCAUUUCAAGUUCAGGCACCCGAAGAUUCUUCGACUGCAGGCCACACGCAAGAACGGGGCAAAUGGGAAGGUCGGCUGGACUUCAUCUUUGGCUGCAUCAACUAUGCUAUCGGCCUUGGAAACGUCUGGCGCUUUCCCUACCUCUGCUAUGAGAAUGGAGGGGGUGCAUUUCUGGUGCCUUACUUUGUAUGCCUCGUGCUGACGGCCGUUCCUUCGUUCCUUCUGGAGGUGGCCCUAGGCCAGUACGUUUGCCGCGGUGGCAUUGGUGUCUGGAAGCUGGUGCCCAUCUUCAAAGGUGUUGGCAUUGCUUCCAUGGUGAUGGUGUUCUUCUCGAAUGUGUACUACAUCAUUUUGGUCGCGUGGAUCAUGUUCUACCUUUUCGCGUCCUUCACCAGCCAGCUUCCAUGGCAGGAUUGUGGCAACUACUGGAACACCGAACACUGCAGGGAACCGAAUGGGACCAGCCUUGUCAACAGCACCUUUAUCACACCUGUUCAGGAGUACUGGGAGCGGCGUGUGCUCAACAUUUCGUCAGGGCUUGAAGAUUUGGGCGGCGUGCGCUCUGAACUGGCAUUGUGCCUGCUGCUUGCGUGGACGAUUGUCUUCCUGGUCACAUGGAGGGGCAUUCAUCAGAGCGGCAAGAUAAUUUGGUGUACAGCCCUGUUCCCAUAUGUGAUAUUGCUGGUGCUGUUGGUGCGAGGCGUGACCUUGCCUGGUGCCAGCGUGGGCCUCCUCUUCUAUGUGACACCCAAGUGGGAAAAGCUACUGGACCCACACGUGUGGAUAGCUGCCGGCACCCAGGUGUUCUACACAUUUGGCAUUGGCUUUGGUUCUGUGAUUGCCCUGGGCAGCUAUAACAAGUUCAACCACAACUUCUUCAGGGACUCAAUGGUGCUGUGUGUGGUGAAUCCGAUGACUAGCAUUGUGGCUGGCGUGGUGAUAUUCUCGGUACUUGGCCACCUGGCGCACGUGACCGGCCGUGAAGUGGGUGAUGUGUUUCGCUCAGGGCCAGGCCUUGCAUUUGUAGCGUACCCCGAGGUUGUGGCCAAAAUGCCUACAGCUCCUGUGUGGUCGGUGCUAUUCUUUGUGAUGCUGCUUGUGGUGGGCAUCGACAGCCAGUUCUGCACAGCUGAGGCCCUCAUAGCUGGCCUCAUUGAUGUGUGGCCAGUGCUGCUGAGAAACCGGCAGUAUGUGACGUUUGCCUUUUGCACCAUCCAGUUCCUCUUGGGGCUCAGCAUGGUCACCAAGGGUGGCAUCUAUCUAUUCCAGCUUGUUGAUAGCUAUGCUGUGUCGGGCAUGACACUACUUUUUAUAGUGUUCUUCCAGAAUGUGGCCAUCUCCUGGUUUUAUGGUUCUAACAAGUUUGCCAGCAACAUAAAAGAGAUGAUUGGCUUUGCACCCAACUGGUUCUUUCGUGCUGGCUGGAUGGUAUUCGUGCCCUUCUUUUGCAUUACCAUAUUUUUAUCGUCCAUCAUUCAGUAUCGGCCUCCUGUGUAUGCCAAGACUUAUUUCUAUCCCUGGUGGGGUGAGCUAAUUGGCUGGUUCAUGGCAUUAAUAUCCAUAAUGAUGAUCCCCAUCUAUGCCAUCUACUAUCUAAUCACUGCCAAUGGCUCUCUUUCCAAGCGACUGCAGCAGGGUAUAUCGUCUACUCUAAAGCCGAAGCUCCGAGCUGAAAGAGGGCCACUCCUGGAUCCUCUGGCGAAAGCGACCCUCAGUGCCGAGUGAUGGGUUGCCUCGGCAGCUCACGUGAUUGUUUGCGAUUUCUGCAGCGCCUGGUUGGAGGCGGGCGGCUUUGACCAUGUUGUGAACAGGCCUUGUUCUUGUCGUUGAAGCGGCACCCAUGCUGCUCAAAGGUCACCAAACUUGUUGAAGAAAGUGUGAUUUUGUUAUUAUUUCAACAGGUUUUAAAAGGCAUACUCUGCAUUUUGAUAUAUACUGUAUUUUCCAUCCCUAUUGUACAACCAGAGAAUAUUUUGUCUAUAAUAUAUAUAGUCUGAAAAUUU